AUGGAACAGUACUACGUUAUAAAGAUUUUAGGGAGAGGUUCGGAAGGACAAGUCGUUUUGGCUGAACACAAGAAAACAGAAGAACAAAUAGCAAUCAAGAGAAUGGAAUGGUCUUCAUUGGAUGAGGCCAAUAUUCAUUUGAAUGAAGCUCAAAAACUUCGGAAUCUUUCUCAUAGAAAUGUGAUAAAGUAUUUGGGAGCCUUUCUUCAUCAAUACAGUAAAAAGGCAGAGACUUUAUAUGUCUGUUUGUGUAUUGAAUAUUGUCCUGGAGGAGAUUUGCAAAAGCUCAUUACUACAACUUGUAAAAAGGAGAGAAAGAUGAAGGAAAAGGAUAUAGUAAAUUAUGCAAUUCAAAUUGCUGAAGGAUUGAAUUAUUUGCAUGAAAAUAAUAUAAUACAUCGAGAUUUAAAACCACAAAAUAUUCUAAUAGACGCAUCAGGAGUUUUAAAGAUUGGAGAUUUUGGAAUUAGUAGAGUUUUGGAUACACUAUCAAUGGCUAAAACCCAGUGUGGAACAAUAGAUUUUAUGAGCUAUGAAAUGUUAAACAAGGAAUUUUAUGAUCAGUCAACGGAUAUGUAUUCAUUUGGAGUGAUUCUUCUUCAAAUGAUGGCUGAAGGAAAACAAAUGAUGGUGUCAAUGGAAUUGCAGAAAAAUCCAAACUUUUUCAAUGAGAUUGAACAUUACUGUGUCGAUACUAUGGGAUAUUCUAGGGGUUUAUUCAAUUUGACCAAACUAUUACUGAGCUAUCAACCAAGGGACAGACCUAGUGCUGCAAAAACGAUUAAAAUUUUGGAUCGAAUCAUGGAAAACUUUAGGGAAGAUAAUAUCAAACUCUCAUUACAAAGUUUCAAUACUCUCAAUCCAACUUCUUUAAAGUUAAAUGUAUUUGCCUUCCUCUCAUUGGAAGAUAUGUAUCAUGUUGCAUUGUGUUGCAAGGAAUUUUUCAAGAUUUGGGAAGAGGAAUGGUUUAAAAACUUUGUUACAUCAACAAGUAUUGGAAAGGAAAUAACCAACUCAAACGCAGCAGGCACAAAAUCAAGAAAAUCUAGGAGUAACAGUACCAAAUCGCGUGCAUCAUCAGACAUUGCCAAGAUUGGAAAUGGAUUGUUCGACAAUAACAUAUUCAAAACUCAGGUCUAUAAUUAUGUAAAAAUUCACAAACCACGAACAAGAAGAGAUAGAAAUAAGCGAGGUAAAAAUGUAGUUUCAGAGAUUCAUCCUGGUCAAAUUGAGGAGGCUGCCAAAUUUUUGGUUAAUGUUGUCAAACAUUCUGAUAACAAUCCACUCCAGAAGCUAUUCAUUGAAGCCAAAUUGACUAACAGUACUGGUACUGGAAGCUCAAAAUCCACAAGCACAUCUACUGCUGAGGAUUCACCAGCAUUGAUCAUUCCCACUACUAAUAAUUCACCCUUUCUGAAUUGGAAUUCUCUUUUAAAGCAUAUUUUUAAUGUGGAAUCAAUAAGUGAGAUUGCAGAAGAUGCUCUCUUAUUUCUCUGUACUCUAUUACUAAAAUAUGGAAUCAAAUAUGGCAGAGUAUAUGUCAAUAUUCACUACUCACUCGCCAAUCAGGACAAGGAAAUUCAAGCUAUUUCUAUAUGGCAAGAUCCCUACAAUACGAAAGGUAUUGGUUUAUGGAGAAUGUUAAAGCUUGGAAUUUUAAAAUCACCCAAGAGUCUAAAACUUAAAUCCAUGUACAGAUGUAUCAAAUGUGCUGAGAGUAUGGAAGAAUAUCACAACUCUCUCAUUUCCUCGCCUCAUAAACCUCACUGGACACUAUUGGCACUUGCUGUUAAACCUAAAUUGAGAAAGAAAGGACUUGGCAAUGAAGUGCUCAUGCCAAUAAUCAAAUCGUCUGAUGAGGCUUCUCUUCCAAUUUAUACUUUUGUUUACAAGGAUGAAGGUUACUCCUCUGUGGUUGAUUUUCUCAAAAAACAUGGAUUUGAAGUACGGGAUGAGCACAAGCCAGAACAAGGCCCUUCACUAGUUGGCCUUAUUCGAUAUGGCAGUUAA